AUGUUGAAAGAGAAGGAAAUGCCAGAUGUUGGAGGUGUGAUUUGCAGGUCAUGCAAUCUCUCCAUCCCAUUCCAUGGAUGUCUGUUAGACCUUGGAACCUGCAGAACAAAGCCCGGUCAGUUUUGUAUAAAAGAGACCCUUGCUAAAGGUGGGAUCCAGUGGUAUUCAGUGAAAGGCUGCACGGAGGACAAAUCGGAGUGCUUCAAGAGAACGGUGAAGAAUUACCAAAUCCGCGCUACUCACUGCUGCCACCGUCCCCUGUGCAACUUCUGA